AUGAAUCCCCAAGUCACCAACCUCGUCAUCAUCCUCGGCAUGAUGCAGGUCGCCAAGAAGGUACCCUUCGACGAUCCCAACGUUCUCAACAUGUGCCGUGGUGCCUAUGUCCUGAGCAACGUGAUCAUCCUGUGCAUCUACUGGUACAUCAACUCGGUCAUUGACCGCAAGAAGGAUCUCACCACGCUCAAGUACGUCGAGCCCGCCCCGAUGGGGUCGACCGAGGAGGGCAAGCUGGUCACGACUACUGUCCACGCCUACGACAAGUCCCAGCUCAAGACCAUGCUGCGCGGGCAGAUGAUGGGUGUUGCCAUGAUGGCCUUCAUGCACCUGUACCUCAAGUACACCAACCCGCUGCUCAUCCAGUCCAUCAUCCCCCUGAAGGGUGCCUUCGAGGCCAACCUCACCAAGAUCCACGUCUUUGGCCAGCCCGCCACCGGCGACCUCAAGCGGCCAUUCAAGGCCGCUGCCGGUUUCAUGAACGCGCUCCAGAACGGACAAGUGCAGAGCGACAAGAAGGCUGUCGAGGCCGCCGAGCGCGCCGGCCGUGGUGGUGUCAAGGAGGAGUAA